CCAAGGGAUGGUGCUCAGAGGAGUGUAGGGGGUGGAACCAAGGGAUGGUGCUCAGAGGUGGGUAGAGGGUGGAACCAAGGGACAAUAUUGAGAGCAGUAAGUUGGGGGCAGGGGUGGACUGACAACUCAUGGGGCCCCCGGGCAAUAGGGGAUCAUGGGGCCCCUGUGUCCUUGCCCAAACUCAAAAAAGCCUAUGAAAAAGGUACCAGGGGCAUCUCAUGGGCCCCCUACUGACCCCGGGCCCUCGGGCAGUGCCCGAGUUUCCCAAUGGUCAGUCCGCCCCUGGUU